AUGUCAACAAUAAUACCUCCGCCAAGCAGUACCGAUAUCUACCAACCCCCACUUCCCGCCUAUAACAUCGCUCGAACUCAUGGUUCUUUGAUGGUUAUGUCUUGGAUUUGGCUCGCUUCAAAUGGAAUUCUCAUGGCUCGACAUUUUCGAACGAUUCGUGUAGGAGGCAAGCAGCGUCUCUGUGGUGAAGCCAUUUGGUUUCAAGCUCAUCGGCUAUUUAUGUGGUUAGCAGCUUUCCUUACUUUAUUAGCUUUUCUAUUUAUUUAUACAUUUGCUGGUGCAACAUGGAUCAGCUUAGCGGAUAGCGGACAAAAAGCAUUUGCUCAUUCGAUUAUGGGAAUAUUAAUCGUUAUAUUUUCUCAACUACAACCAUGGAUGGCUCUAUUUCGAUGUCACCCAGGAACAAAAUAUCGUGUUCUAUUUAAUUAUUUGCAUCGUUGUACCGGUCUUUCGGCUUUGCUACUUUCGGUUCCGACCAUCUUCUUAAGCAUCUAUUUUUUAUCAUACCAUCGAACGGCUUUUAUUGCUGUGCUUUCGAUUUGGACUGUAUGGAUCGUCAUCAUUUUUGGUAUUUUUGAAUUUAUACGUUUCAAAUCUUUGUCACUAGACAAUAAUGAGGAUAAUGGCGGUGAUAACGGUGUUCGAAUGUCAGACAUAAUCAGAGAUGGAGAAUCGCCUCAGAAUGUAACGAAUGUUGUCCGAAUUGAAAAUUCAAAAAUGAAUAAACAAAAAUUGAUUUUACUUCUCUUGCAUUUUCUAGUUUCACUUGGCUUAGCCAUUACAUUAGUUGUACUUAUAUGUGACCCUUAA